AUGCUGCUCGGCCGCUUCGCUGUUGCCAAGAGGAUUGGAGCCUCCAUGGCACCAUUCAAGACCGGCGCACGAAACUUCGCUGUGCAGGUCACGUCUCCGCGUCCUCUGUCCAUCCGCGGGGAUGGUUUGGUCCUGCAGUGCAUCUCCGCGGCGCUCAUCUACUUUGUGCCUCAAGACGCGGUGUUCCUGGGCGGCCUCUUCUACCUGUGGCACAACACUGCCACGUCCAUCAGCCCGAAGGUCAAAAAAGAUGAUGCCGAUGCUGCGGUUGAAGAGUUCAAGGCCAAGAAAGGGCUCGAGAACGUCAAGGUCUCGAAGGGGCGCAGCACCUGGACUGUGUCAAUCUGA